AUGGUCAACUUCGUCCUCGGCGCCGUCGCCACCCUGGCCGCUGUGGCCCCCCUCGCUGCCGCCGCACCCGCCGCAACUCCGGCCCCCGAGAUCUUCUCCUUCGCCAAGUGGGUCGACGGCAUCAUCGCCAACCCGCACGGCGACAACCUCACGCCCGAGGAGGCGGUCGAGGCGUACUACAAGUCCGUCAACGCCUCCGAGGCGGCUGCCUUGGAUUGGGACUAUGGCCGCGCUCGCAAGCGUGACGAUGUCACUGAAGGAGCUUCCCCGGAGUGGGAUUACGGCAAGCUUGACGAUGUCACUGAGGCAGCUGCCACUCCGGACUGGGACUAUGGCCGCGCUCGCAAGCGUGAAGAUGCCGCUGAGGCAGCUACCCCGGACUGGGACUACGGCAAGCGUGACGAUGUCACUGAAGGAGCUACCCCGGAAUGGGAUUACGGCAAGCGUGACGAGGUCCCUGAGGCAGCUUCCCCUGACUGGGACUACGGCCGGGUUCGCAAGCGUGCCACCUGCAACACCAUCGCCGGCACUCAGGCUUCGGUCGCCGACGCCGUUUCGUGCAUCAACUACCUCGCCGGCCUCGGCAGCACAUCGUGCGUUGUCUCCAACGCGAAGAGCCACUUCUGCACCAUCGGCAAUGCGCAGAUCACGGGCGUCACUUCGGGCAGCAUUCCCGCAGCCUCUUCCUGCAAUGAUGUCGCCCGUGGUGCUGGCUAUAUCAUGGACGCGUGCACUCUGAAGGACAACACUGUCCAGGGUUCUGAGUUUGCGUACGGCAACGGGGAUCUCCUCGUCUGGAUCCGCAAGCCUGAGUAA